AUGCCGGUGGUGGUGGUUCUCGGUGGUGGUAGUGGUGGUGGUGGUGCAGCAGCAGCUGCCUCCGACGACGACGCCCGUGUCGCCUGGUGGUGUGACUACGACGGAUCUAGCAGCGGAACCGGCAAACUGGAGAUCCUAGGGAUGUUUCCGCCGCGAACGGAAGCGCCGACAGCGGACAAGCUGGCGCUCUGUUACGCGCCACACGUUGACAUGACCACCGUGAUCGAGGUCGAGGACCGUUUAACUGGUCACGGGGGUAUUUCCUCGCUGGGCGGUGGAAAUUCCUCGCCGUAUUCCGGCGCCCAUCACCACGGUCACAGAGGCAAUGGAAACGGCAGCGGGAUGCCCCAUCACGGGGGCGCGUCGUUGCCCACCGCCUCCGACUUUCAACCCCCUUAUUUCCCGCCCCCGUUCCCCUCUCACCACCACGCGCCGGCGAGUCCUCAGCAUCCGGGUCUUGGCCAGCCGCAACAUCUCGAUUACCUCGUCGGCGAUCCGUACACGCAGACGCUCAACACGUUACAUCAACAUCACUAUAAUCACUUGAGCGCCGCUGUCACAGCUGGUCAGAGGAGUGGUGAUCUUAGGAGGGACUCAGAGGGCAUCCAUGUGACGAAUAUGCACGCGACGUUUCCCCGUCCUGACGCCCUCCUGCCACCCCCAGGCCUCGACCAAACCGACCUCGUUCUCCACAGCAGCCUCGUAGACGACCCCCAGAACACAAAUGUAGACGAUGGAGGGUUCAUGAACGACCUGCCUCUCCUGAAAAACAUAAAACCAUCGGACAGGAGCGAGAAAGCGAUGCUGAGUGGGAACGCGCAACCUUCGGACGUGUUCUGUUCGGUUCCAGGACGAUUAUCGUUACUAAGCAGCACCAGCAAGUACAAAGUUACGGUAGCCGAGGUACAAAGACGACUAUCGCCACCGGAAUGCUUAAACGCGAGCCUCCUCGGCGGAGUCUUACGGAGAGCGAAGUCCAAAAACGGCGGACGUCUGCUUAGGGAAAAGUUGGAGAAAAUUGGACUAAACUUGCCAGCGGGAAGAAGGAAGGCCGCCAAUGUGACGCUCUUAACAUCCCUAGUGGAAGGAGAAGCCAUUCACCUUGCCAGAGACUUCGGCUACGUUUGCGAAACCGAAUUCCCUGCGAAACAAGUUGCCGAAUACCUCAGUCGGCAGCAUUGUGAACCGCAAGAUUCCUACAGGAGAAAAGAACUUCUUCAUGCCACCAAACAAAUCACCAAAGAGCUGAUGGAUCUUCUGAAUCAAGACAGAUCGCCAUUGUGCAACACGCGGCCACAACACAUACUCGAUCCAAGCAUACAGAGACACCUAACACAUUUCUCUCUCAUAUCACACGGAUUCGGAAGUCCUGCAAUCGUAGCCGCUCUUACAGCAAUACAGAAGUUCCUAAGCGAGUCCUUGAAUCACCUUGAGAAGAUGUACCCAGGCAACGGGAGCGGCGUGACAAGUAGUCAGCAGUCAAGCCUCGACACGAAGAGCAAGGAUGGUACGUUGAUGAACGACAUGAAGAAGUGACGCCCGGAGGACCCGCCUACCUCGAACGUGGUCACUUCAAUCAGGCACUCCUGGCCGUACAACUGAGCUUUCGCGAGCUUUUUCUAAUCGCGAACAGCUUCUGGUGGACCACUGAAA